AUGGGCCAUGAAGCCCCCCGCGACGAGUUCGACCCCGCCCUCGCCCUGGGCCCCUUCUUCCUCGGCUUCUGCCUCGAGUCCUUCGGCAUGGGCGUCGUCCUCGUCCUCUCCCUCAACUACCUCAUCGCCAUCCGUACCCGCCCCAGAGCCCCCGCCGACUCUGACCUCAAAUGCUCCGCCUGCCUCGUCUCCUUCUGUCUCUUGUGCAACCUCGCCCAGACCCUCGUCGACCUCGCCCGUGGCUGGAAUAUGUUUGUUGAAAACUUUACGAACAUUGGCGCCGUCACCACAUCCACCCCCCUCUUCUUCAUCUCCCCCUUCCUCGGGCUCAUGCCCACCACCAUCACCCAGCUCUUCCUCCUCCGCCGCUCCAUCCUCUUCCUCACCUCCCUCUCCCACCUCUGGCCACGCCUGGCCCAUCCCGUCUCCAAGACGCUCUUUGCGGGGCUGAUGCUAGCGGCGAUAGGGAUGAGCUUUGUGUCGGGGACGAUCACGAGCGUGUUGACGUAUCGCGUGGGGAUGCUCUGGAAACUUUUGAGCCCCCAGCAUAAAGUCGGGCGGCUGUUCCAUAUCGUCGAGGUGAUCUGGCUCGGCACAAGCACCGGCUUAGACGGCUGCCUCUCUGGCGUGCUAUGCAUGGAACUAUGGUGGGCGAGGAGCAAGUUGGGUAUGGAAGGCGGGGUCAUGCGUGAAGUCGUCACCAGGCUUAUUUUGGUCACUUGUAACGGCGGUAUAGCCGUAACAGCCCUCCAAGCCAUAUCCCUCCUCCUCUAUCGUUACUCAUCGCACAACUCUUUCUGUUACCUCCCCAUCACCAUCCUACCAAAAGUAUACAACAUAACACUAAUCCUCUCCCUCGCUCUCCCCCACUCCUCCGCCCAACGCGCAAACCAACCACACCACGUCUUCUCCCUCCCCACCAUCCUCGACUUUCCCCCUUCGCCUUCUUCCCGCUCCCCACGAAGCCCUAAAAGUCCGCAAAGUCCGCAUACGCCAAGAAGCCGCGGUGGGGGGCAUCCUUAUCCUUAUCCUUAUGGAAGAGAGGGAAGAGAGGAGGGAAGGAGCCCGGUUUCGCCGAAAGGAAGGUCAAGCUCGACUUUGACUCUAGGCGCUACCCGACGGCGCGCAGGCCCAGGGGUCGGAGCAGGGGUGGCUGAGAGGGACAGGGCUGAUGCCGAGAAAGAGAGAUACCCCAGCAUGCGCUAUGCCUUCGCUUCGGGUUCGAGCUUGCCUCUUACCCCAACUCUUUCUGGCGCAAGAUCCGGCACCACCGGCUCUGGAGUAGGAAUGGGAGGCGGCGGUGGCGGUGGAGGUGGGGGGAGAAGGACGAAGUCGUGGUUUGAUUUGUCUUCCCGACUGCGGCGAUCUGCCGAUUCUGACGGCGACAGAGGGAGAGGUGAUGAUGAAGAGCGUGCAGGAGCAGGGGGAGGAAGAGGAAUUGGGAGUGGGAGUGGGGGCGGGGAGAGGAGGGGUAGUUCGUGGCAUGGUCCCUAUAUCAACGCAUCAGACGAAUACCACCGUCGUCCAAGUGAACGCAGUAUCAUCCCCCUCCUCCACUCCCCCGCUUACUCCGCCUCCGCCUCCUACCCCACCCCAUCCUCCCUCUUUUCCUUCCCUUCCCCCUCCCCCAACUCUUCUACGACCUUUUCCUAUCCGCUUGGGCUUUAUGAACCACUCAACCUCAUUCCUCCUUCCGCCAGCACCAGCGAAUCUUCCAAUAAUAAACGCCUCAGAGAGAAAGAAAAAGAAAAGGAAAAGGAAAAGGGCAAAGAGAGGGAUAUGGUGGUGUUACCGAAAGGUCAUCCGCUCUACCACCCAGCAUUCACGUUACCGAGCGUACCGAAGAAGAGUCUGACGGUGGGGAAGACGCACUCGUUUUCGGAUACCGCUUUUUGGGGCGGGGGAUCUUCUCUCCUUUCGUCUCCCGGCGCUGGGUCUAGGCUGGGGAUGGGCGCGGGAAGAGGGAUAGUAAAUUCGCCGAUGCCCUACGUAUACGAGAAAGAAGAAGAUUUCUGGGGACCCCAUCCUCGCCCUCGGCGGCCUCUGAGUGGGAGUGGGCUCGGAGGCUCUGGCUGUGGGGAGGGGAGCGGCUCCGGGGAGGGGAGUGGGAGUACUUGGGGAGGGAGUGGGGAUCCGUUAUUGGCGCCUUCUUGGUCUUCACAUUCCAACUCCAACUCUCACUCAAAUUCCCACUCCCGCUCUCAUUCCCAUUCCCAAGACCAAACACACUCUCAAUCAAAUGCUUGUGACCCGAUCGAAGAAGGGUACGAGAAACAGCCGUCUUGCGCUUCUUCGUCCUCUUCUAUCGCUCAUGGUAACGACGCGCUUGAAUUUGACACCCGACCAGAGGGCCGAGCGGGAAUAGACGUCGACGUAGAAGAUGAUGAAGAAGAAGAAGAAGAAGAAGAAGAAGGCACCCCACUUCCAGCUACCCAACUCUCCCUCAUUCCUUCCUCCCCAUCCUCACCACCCUCACCACCCUCACCAUCCUCACCAUCCUCACCAUCCUCACCAUCCUCACCAUCCUCACCAUCCUCUCCAUUCUCCCGCUCCUCCCACCCAAUCUCCACCAACACCCUCAACACCUCGAACGACCCCAAACGUCUUUCGGGCGAAGCAGCUAUCAUAGCGGACAAGCGGCCAAAGGAGAUGGAGAGGAGGAGUGAAGAGAAGGAGGUGAAGAAGAUGGAGUGGUUUGAGAUGCUCUAG